AUGACAGCAGGCACUGAAGAGCAGGAACCUCUAAUAUCUACUUCUGUAGACAACCAGAGGGUUGUAUACAACAAUUCGCCACAAGAUGGAAACUCACCCAGCGAGACUCCGAGGACAAGCAGCGGUGAUGUGACGGUAGCGAUGCCACAAAAUCGUAACUACGGCGCAAUAGGAGGUGUAGAGAAGGUCACGUACACCUGGGCGGAUAUCAACGCGUUCACCACAGAGGACAGGAACAGGAGGAGGUUCUGGAACAUCUGGAGGUCGUCCUCAGACCGCAUGUUCCGGCAGAGAAAGCAGCUAUUGCGUAAUGUUAACGGUGCUGCGUACCCGGGUGAGCUGCUCGCUAUAAUGGGCUCCUCCGGUGCUGGCAAAACUACCCUCCUCAAUACUCUUACAUUCCGCACACCCAGCGGGGUUGCAGCCAGUGGCACUCGAGCACUUAACGGGCAACCAGCCACGCCUGAAGCUUUAACAGCACUAUCGGCGUAUGUCCAGCAACAAGACUUGUUUAUAGGAACACUUACUGUGAGAGAACAUCUUAUUUUCCAGGCAUUAGUUCGAAUGGAUCGACAUAUACCAUACGCACAACGCAUGCGACGAGUCCAAGAAGUAAUAUCCGAGUUGGCAUUGUCAAAAUGCCAGAACACAGUGAUAGGAAUCCCGGGACGGCUGAAGGGCAUAUCGGGAGGUGAAAUGAAGCGGCUGUCAUUCGCCAGCGAAGUACUCACCGACCCGCCGCUCAUGUUCUGCGACGAACCUACAUCGGGCUUGGACUCCUUUAUGGCGCAGAAUGUUAUACAAGUGUUAAAGGGUUUAGCACAAAAGGGUAAGACAGUGGUGUGCACCAUCCACCAACCGUCUUCAGAACUAUACGCCAUGUUCGACAAACUGCUUAUCAUGGCUGAUGGUCGUGUAGCUUUUCUUGGUUCCCCAGACCAGGCCACAGAAUUCUUUAAAGAACUGGGGGCUGCAUGUCCAGCUAACUAUAAUCCAGCGGACCACUUCAUUCAGCUGCUAGCUGGAGUGCCUGGACGGGAAGAAGCCACUCGGCACACCAUAGACACGGUCUGUACGGCGUUCGCAAAGUCGGAUAUUGGCUGUAAAAUCGCUGCAGAAGCCGAGAAUGCCUUGUUUCAUGAGCGAAAAAUCCAAGAUGGUUGGACGGACAUGGCCUGGGCUGGGACUGCUUCUUUGCGCUCGCACCGCUCACCGUACAAAGCGUCCUGGUGCGCUCAGUUCCGCGCUGUUCUGUGGCGGUCCUGGCUCUCGGUCACCAAGGAGCCAAUGCUUAUCAAAGUACGCUUCCUACAAACAAUUAUGGUGUCAAUACUAAUUGGCGUGAUAUACUUCGGACAACACUUGGAUCAGGAUGGUGUAAUGAAUAUCAACGGUGCCAUCUUCAUGUUCCUUACCAACAUGACAUUCCAAAAUAUUUUUGCGGUCAUUAAUGUAUUUUGCUCCGAGCUACCUAUCUUUAUACGCGAGCACCAUUCAGGAAUGUAUCGUGCUGACGUGUACUUCUUAUCGAAAACGUUAGCUGAGGCGCCAGUGUUCGCGACUAUACCACUGGUGUUUACCACCGUAGCUUAUUACAUGAUCGGUCUCAAUCCAGCUCCUGAGAGGUUCUUUAUCGCGUCAGGUCUUGCGGCUCUUAUCACAAAUGUUGCAACAUCUUUCGGCUACUUGAUAUCAUGCGCAAGCAGCAGCGUCAGUAUGGCAGCAUCAGUUGGUCCGCCCAUCAUAAUACCGUUCAUGCUUUUCGGUGGAUUUUUCCUCAAUUCAGGAUCUGUACCGCCGUAUCUUGGCUGGAUAUCGUACUUGUCUUGGUUCCGGUAUGGUAACGAAGCGUUACUGGUCAACCAGUGGUCAGGCGUGGAGACGAUCGCUUGCACCAGAGAGAACUUCACCUGUCCAGCGUCAGGGCAAGUAGUGUUGGAGACCCUGAGUUUCUCGGAGGAUGAUUUCAACAUGGACGUGAUAAACAUGGUAUUGCUCUUCAUAGGGUUCAGACUGUUGGCGUACAUAGCACUUCUACUGCGUGCGCGACGUGCAAAAUGA